AUGGCUCUGUCGCAGAUCCAGUGUCUGGAUGAUAACCAUAUAAACCCGCGCACACACGAGUCUAAAGCGGAGUUCCUGUACUGUGAGGAGCAGCGGCUCGCGCUCGAGACGCUGCUGCGUGAUGGGCGCGAGGCGUUUUUCAAGCAGCUGGAGGCACGUGGCCUCAGGGGCUUUCUAUCCGAGCUGGAGCUCGAGGCUCUGGUGGGGACAGUGGAGCCCUAUGACCCGGGGGUGGACGUGUACCGGGAGGAUGGGGAGGAUGAAAGCCCUAUAUCCAUGCGCUACUGGCCCGAGCUGUCGGACAUCAGCACCCCGGAGCUGGACAUGGGCUGGCCCGACAGUGAGUCUUACCGCGGGGUCACUCGCACCACUGUGCACACGCAGCCUCCGCUGCAGGGGCACACGCACAUCAAAGAGAUCAUCCGAAAGAUGAUUGCGCAGGCGCAGAAGGUUAUUGCUGUAGUCAUGGACGUCUUCACUGAUGUGGACAUUUUCAGAGAUCUCCUAGAUGCCUCGUUCAAAAGAAAGGUGUCGGUCUACAUUUUGUUGGAGCGUGCCUCCGUACCCCACUUCCUGUCCAUGUGCCAGCGAGCCAACAUGCAUCCCGGACAUCUCAAGAACCUGCGAGUGCGUUGCUCUGGGGGAACAGAAUUGUACACUCACUCCUGCACUAAGGUCAGAGGACGCAUGGGUCACCGCUUCAUGUUCAUCGACGGAGACAAGGCGGCGUCAGGCUCCUACAGUUUUACUUGGACAUCCUCCCGGCUCGACCGAAACCUCAUCACUGUGGUGACAGGACAAGCAGUAGAUGGCUUCGACCGUCUGUUCCGCUUCCUCUACAGCUCCUCCAGCCUGGUGAACCUGCAGCGAGUGGCGACCGAGCCGGAGCCGGUGCUGGAGCCUCUACCACAGCCCACCUCUGUGGCACCACCAUCUGCUGACCUGGCGAGAAAACUGUACAGCCCCAAAUAUGCGCUGGUUGCUGCUGCCAACUCCAGUCUCAGCCCAUCGUCGUCUGCUGGCUAUAACAGCCCCAAAGAGACACAUAAAGACACCAAAAAUGAAGGAGCAACCAAAAAGGGACGAAGGAAGCAGAGUAUACAAGAAGCUCCACCCCUACAUCCUGGACUUGUGGAUUUAGAAAAGGCUUAUUUAAUUGAUUACCUUCCUACCUGGCCAGAGCCCGACCCUUCCUCUGACGUAAUUGGCUUUAUAAAUAUCCGUGAUACGAGCAAGCCUAGCCCUGUUCACCUACAGCGCUCUCAGAUGUUUGAAGUCAGCCAGGCCAUCCGGUUCAGCAGUCCGUUCAGCAAACAGAAGGACACGCUACCGGAGGUCGCCAAGCCCAGGAAUUUAUCUCCAAAAUAUGAGGAGAAUGCACCUCAACCAUGGCAGAAAAAUUGGAAUCCAAAGUUGAACAAUGACUCGACGGAGGCUAAGCGAGUGCCAGCGCGUGAGCUGAAAUCCAAAAGGGUGUAUUUGCGAGCAGAGCGGCCCGACAGAGUGCCAGCGGGUGGAGAGGAGACGGUAUUCGGCAGCAGUGAUGCGGAGAGAAGGGAGACCGCAGUGCCUCCAGCUAACAAAGAGCCCGAGGGACACAAGUUUUGUGUUCUGCCCACCCAAGUGAUAUGA